UAUGCAAUUAAUAUUACUAAUUAUUUAAAAUAUAUUUUGCUUGUUCACGGUUUACUAAUUAUGUAUUUUUUUAUUUAACAUUAAUUAAAGCGUUCAAUAUGAGUGUUUUUAAAAUUAUUAUUUUCAGUAGGUAAAUUAUUGAUAAACCGUUGUCCAGUGAUAACAACUAGUGACAACUGACAAGCCAGACGCCGUGAAGUUUAAGCGGCGAAGAACUUUCUUAAAGCUCGAUCUUAUUUUAAAGUUCCGAUUUCGACGUAUAUUGUGUAUUGAAAAACUAAUAUGAUGUGCCCGUGUUUAUAGUAUAGUACGUUUUAUUUUACAAAAACUAUUAAUAAGUCAUACAGUUCAAGUUUUAAAUUAAAAUUCCUUAAAUAAUUACUUUCAUGUUGAAAAAACAUGAAUAUUUACGACACUGUUCUUAAAGGAACCCAAGCUAGUAAAUUUAUAUUAAUUGAAGAUUCAUACUUGGCAAAGGGUCAGUUUUUGUUAAAAUAUAUAGCAGAAAAUCGAAAAGCUCAUGAUGUUCAUGUACUGUGUUUUCAAUCAUUGAUUUCUGAUUAUCAACAUUUACUUCCAUCAUUACAAAAUAUUUUUAUACAUGAUUGUUUGGUAGAUACUUUAUCCAAAAAUCAAUGUCCAAGAGAUGUUGUUAAUAGUAUAAUUAAAAAAACCAAAAAAAAUAUAGUACUAAUUAUUGAUUCUUUAUCUAUAUAUCUGCUUCACACAAAGUUUUCUACUGUGUACAAAGAAAUACUUGAUAUAAUUUCUUUAAGCACGGAGCCCAAAGUUGUACAAACUAUUGCGGUGAUCCAUGAUGAUGUGACCGAAACAAUUAAAAUAGAGCAUUUGAAAAAUUUAUGUAAAACUCAUAUACAUGUGCAAAGUACCGACAGUCCUAGGGUUUUAAAUUUAAAGUUAGAACAUAAAAGAUCUAGUGGAAAAUGUGUUGUACAAAAAUUGAAAGGUGAGAUGAAAGUAGAUGGUAACUUUAAACUCAUAGUAGACACACCGAAAAUAAUUGAAGAUGAUAAAAGUGUACCUAUGAAUUUAGCCAGUUUCAAGUUGGUUCUCGAAGACAGUGAAAAGAUAGCGAAAGACAAAUUAAUUUUGCCAUAUACUCAAGUGCAAAAUACUAAAAUCGGAGGAACUAUUCAUUAUAUCCCCGAUGAGGCUGAUGACUGGGAUGAAGAAGAUCCUGACGAUGAUUUGGAAAUCUAACAGAAUAUUUUGAUAACGAUAAGAAUUUAAUUUAUCUCAUAUAAUAAUCUAUACCAAUAUAUUGAUAUGAGUCAAAUAUUAUUCAUUACUAGAAAUUGAAAAAUGUAUUUUAUAUAUAUAAACAUAACAGUUUUUGUUUAACUUUCUUAGUGUCAUAACAAAUGUAAUGGUCUAAUUUUCUCAAAUUGUAUUAUCAUAUAAUAUAAAUUUAACUAUAUUAUGUGAUAUUUAUUUAUUAUUAAGUUAUUCGAUUAAUGAUAAUUUUAACUGUCAACAAAGGAUCUAAGGAACAUGAAAAAAAUAUAAUUAUGAAAGAUGAAGUAGUUCAAGUCAUAACUUCCUCAAAAACGAAUUCUUUAUUCCACCUAUACAUGACCAAAAAAAAAAAAACUCGGGGCCAAAAGG